AACAAACACACAUACACACACAUUACCCAAAGGCAAAGAAAGAAAGAAGAAAGUCCCUCGCCUUCCUUGGAACUUGUUGGCAAUGCUUGGCGUGGAGCAGACCCUCGCCUUCCCUCCUGCCCCACUUUAAGGAGAAAAGGAAAGAAGGAAAGAAGGAAAGGGUCCGAAAGAUCUGCAGCCGCAAAUGGUUCUACUAAAUAUAGGAUGGGACUUAAGUUGAACGGCAGAUACGUUUCUCUGGUCCUUGCUGUGCAACUAGCGUCCCUGGUGCAGGCGGUCAGAGCGGCGGGGAAGUGCGAUGCGGUCUUUAAGGGCUUCUCGGACUGUGUGCUCAAGAUGGGCCACAACAUCGCCAACUAUCCGCAGGACCUGGACGACAAGAAGAACCUGGAGACGAUCUGCCGGUACUGGGACGACUUCCACGCCUGCACCCUCAUCGCCCUGACGGAUUGCCAGCAGGAAGGGGUGGCCGACGUCUGGGAGAAGCUGAAAGAGAAGUCCAAAAAGCUCGACUACGAGGGCAACCUCUUUGUCCUGUGCGGGAAGAGCAAGGGGGCCUCCUCCUCGGUGGCAGGGCUGGCCUCUUUGGGGGGGCUGGCCCUGGCCCUCUCGGCCGCCUUGGCCACAUGGCUGGCCUUCUAGCGAGCAGCCGCCGCCUGCUUCCCACGAUCACCGCCGACACGCGUCCACCUGGGCCUCCCUCUUCUCUCCUGGGCCUCCACCGACCAAAGGAGGACAAGUCGGCUCCUCUUGGGGUGGAUCGGAACCACAGCCACACAACCACGCAACCACACAAACGGAGGUGCGGCCCGUCGGAAGGAAGGACUCCAGGAGGGAAGAGAAGAGAGGACUGACUCACUGGCCACCCAACACCACGCCACCGAUCUCUCUCUUUCUCUCUUUCUUUUUCAUCCCCUCCUUCUUCAUUCCCUCCUUCCUUCCUUUUGCCUCGGAUGAUGAUGCUUUGCCAAACGCCAACAGCCAAGACCGGACCUCAGCUUGAUGCCUCUGUCCAGACCAAGGUCCUUUGGAGCCUUCCUCCUUCUCUUCCUCCUCCUCCUCCUCCUCCUCCUCUUUCUGUGCGUGAGUGCGUGAGUGUGCAAAAGAAAUCUCAGGAACGGCUUCCAGCCACCACCGAAUACUACUACGACGACUCCUACUACUAGUAAUACUGCUACUAAUAAAAAAGAGGCGUGCA